AUGAUCUCUUCAAUCAAGUGCACAAAGCUUUUACUUCCAAGGUCUCAACUUUCAAUUCAACCAACCAUUCAAAAUGUUGAACAAAACAUGGCUCUCCCUUUACUUUCUUUCAAAAAACCUCUCUACCUUUCAUCCAUUAAGAAUUUUGCAUUGUUAAAAAAACCCAAAAGAAAGAAUGUGACAGAAUGUCAAGCCUAUGAGGCUGAUAGAUCUAGGCCAUUAGAUAUUAAUAUUGAACUUCCGGGUGAAGAAGCAGCUCAAAAGGUUAAAAUUGGAUUAUAUUUUGCUACUUGGUGGGCUUUGAAUGUUGUUUUCAAUAUAUACAACAAGAAAGUUUUGAAUGCUUUUCCGUACCCUUGGCUUACUUCCACUUUGUCCUUAGCUGCUGGUUCUCUCAUCAUGUUAAUCUCAUGGGCCACUAGGGUUGCUGAGGCCCCAAAAGUUAAUUUGGACUUCUGGAAAGCCCUUUUUCCGGUAGCUGUGGCACACACAAUUGGGCAUGUUGCUGCAACUGUGAGCAUGUCCAAAGUAGCUGUUUCAUUCACUCACAUCAUCAAGAGUGGAGAACCAGCUUUCAGUGUGCUAGUAUCAAGAAUCUUGCUUGGAGAAGCAUUUCCCAUGCAAGUUUAUCUUUCACUGUUGCCAAUAAUUGGUGGUUGUGCACUAGCUGCUGUGACUGAGCUCAAUUUCAAUAUGAUCGGAUUUAUGGGAGCUAUGAUAUCAAAUUUGGCAUUUGUAUUCAGAAACAUAUUUUCGAAGAAAGGGAUGAAUGGGAUGAGUGUUAGUGGAAUGAACUAUUAUGCCUGUCUUUCAAUGUUAUCUUUAUUAAUUCUCACACCUUUCGCCAUUGCUGUCGAGGGUCCUAAACUUUGGGCUGCUGGCUGGCAAACAGUGUCUCAGAUUGGUCCCAAUUUUGCAUGGUGGGUAGUUGCACAGAGUGUGUUCUACCAUUUGUACAAUCAAGUAUCAUACAUGUCUCUUGAUCAGAUUUCUCCUUUAACAUUUAGCAUAGGGAACACAAUGAAGAGAAUUUCUGUAAUAGUCUCUUCCAUUCUUAUCUUUCACACACCACUUCAACCUAUCAAUGCUCUUGGAGCAGCAAUUGCGAUUCUUGGAACCUUCAUCUAUUCACAGGCUAAAGAUAAAUAA